AAUCCGGCGAUGCAUAUAAUAAAACUUUCAACUGAACACCAGUCAAGAGAUGGAGUUGUAUCUAAGAACGCGUUUACAGAAGCACCAAAGAACUGUUGCAGCUGCUGAAGAUGAGUGAAGCUGAGGUGUAUGCUCAGGGGCCCUACAAACCAUAUUUUAUCACCAGGUCAAUUCGGGCUCUACCUAUCUACUAUUCAUUCAACUCCACCACCGCUAAAUCUGCGCUCCAGCCAUCCGAUGAUUCCAUAGACGAAACUAAUGCUUCAUUAAACAACACUGUGAGAAGCAAUGUUGGUGUAAAUGAUAACGCCAAUUCAGAUGCUAUGAUUGGAAAACAAAACAAAUCUAACCGAAAAUCCAAUACUAAAACUAAUCGAAACAACUCAAUUCUAUUGUUUUUUCUUAUUUUAUUAUCUAUUUUUUCGUCGCUAUUGAAUAUCGAUUAUCCAUUAUCUCCAGUCACCAUUGACGAAACUUUGAUUGUAAAAAACAUUGAAAAUUAUUCGAAUAAAACAUUUUUCUUAUCUUUUAAUCCACCGCUCACAGAUUUAUUCUACUUCAAAGUCAAUCAAUUCAUAACAAAUAGUACCAAUCAACAAGACUUGAUCUCAUUAUAUCAUUUGAGAAUAAUAAACCUGGUGAUGUCGUCAUUGAGUAUCAUUGUAUUCUACAAAAUACUAAACUCACUCAAUUGUUUCAACAAAGUAUCCUUUUUAACUUCACUACUACUAAUUAUCGAUCCAUUCAACCUAAUCCAGGUUUCAAAGUAUAUAAAUUAUAACUCUUUACAUCUAUUUUUAUUAUUACUCUGCCUCUACCAUUUUAACUUAAACAAUUUACUCAGAUUUUCAAUCUCGUUAGGUCUCUUGCUAUCCACAAAAGUUUCCUCUGUUUUAUCGUUAUUCUAUUUUGUUUUACUAACAUUAUACAAGAAUUGGUAUACUUAUCAAGAUCUAUCAUUGUCAGAAUCAAGAAAACUUCAUAAAUCCACUAAAUCAAUCAAAAAACACACAUCAAUAAAAUUAAACAAAUCCGUAAAAACAACCAAACUAAAUAAAUCAACUAAACUAAAUCAAUUGAAUCAAAAAUUCAAAAAACAAUUUGUUUUGAAAAACAUUAUCUAUCAAGUAUUUGUUAUUUUAUUUCUAAUUCCAUUUCUAGUUUAUUUAAUCAUUUUCAAUUACCAUGUAAAUCUAUUAAAACAUUACAAUCCAUCGUCCAAUGAUUUUUCUUUUCUUUCAACUUUUUAUAAAUCUCAAUUAUCAAUAUUCAACAACACUAAUGAUAGUAGUAGCAGUACUACUAAUAAUAUUGAUGCAAAUUUAAAUAUUUUAUAUGGCUCAAAAGUCUCAAUCAGACAAUAUUUGCCUGAUCAUUUUAAUUUUUUUGGAGUCUUUGGUGGUGGUAACUAUUUAUAUUCCUUUAAUAAAACCUAUUCAAUUGGCUCAAAUGAGCAACAAGUUAACCUUUAUAAUUUCAAUGAUACAAAUAAUUAUUGGAUUAUUGAAAAAAACUUAAAAUUAUAUGAUGAUCAUUUGUUUUAUAAUCAAUUAGCAUUUGUUAACGAUAAUUCAAUCAUUAGACUAAGACACAAUAAUACCAAAAACUACUUGCAUGUUAAUAAUAUUAGAGGGCCAGUUUCGUCCCAAGAUUAUCAUUUUGAAAUUAGUUGCAAAGGGGAUUUUGGAAAAUCUUUUCUACCUGACAAUUAUGAUAAUUGGAGAAUAAUAAGUAAUCACGAAGAAUCAAUAAAUCAUUUAAAAAACUUGGAAAACUUGGAUGAAAAACUAUUAUUUAAUGCCAAAAUUAAAAGUUAUGGCUCAAUUUUUAAAUUAUAUAAUAGAGAAUUGCAAUGUUACUUGUUAUCUCAUCCGGUCUAUUUACCGGAAUGGGGCAAUCAUCAGCAAGAAGUGGUAUGUGUCAAGGACCCAAAUAGCAUAUACACUAAUUUUUACUUUGAAGAGAAUAGUCAUCCAUUGUUUUUAGAACACAAUUUGAACAAUUUUGCAUUAAAACAUAACAAAAAGGAAAAACAUAACAAAAGGGAUAAAGAGAUUGGCGAUAAAAUUGAAUUGUUGAAAAAAAAUCGAUUAAGAUUCAAGAAAAUGACAUGCUUGGAAAAAAUCAUUGAGUUAAAUCUAAAAUUAAUUAAUAUGAAUCUAAAUAAUCAAUUGAUCGUUUUGUCUAAAAUUAAAACGGAUCAUUUAAGAUUUUUGAUUGAACCGAAAUAUUGGUCAUUUUAUUUCAAUACUCUUUUAAAUAAUAAUUUUCAAGAUAACAUCGUUUUUAAAGAUGAUAGCUUAAAAACAAAAAUAUUGUUAUUUACUAAUCCAUUGAACUCAUUUUUAUGUUUGAUUACAUUAAUUAUCAGCUUUUUAUACUUUAACGUGAAAAUUCUAAAAUUCUUGUUUAAUUUUCAUAGAGAUUUCUUAGAGUUUAAUAAAAUUAAUAUUAAUGAUUAUGACUAUGAGAACCGAGGCUAUGAUGAUGGAGAUAAUGAAAAUUAUAGUGAAAAAUGUACAAAUAAUCUUGAUAAUGUUAAUGUUGUUAAUAGUAAUGAUAAAAAAAUUGAGGAUUAUUUGAUAUAUAAACAAUUGAAAGAAAAAACUGAAAAAGAAAGGAAUAAAACUGAUAAACUUAACUUGCAGAAAUACAACUAUUCGUUAGACACAUUACAAAUAUUAUUUGAUGAAAAUUUCAUUAAGAUAUUUAUAGGAUAUUUGAUUCACUAUUUUCCGUACAUUCUACUAUCGAAGAUUAGUCAACUGAUUUCAUUUAAUAAUUAUGUUAAUAAUCAUAAUUUUUUGAUAAGUAAUUAUCUUGGAUCAUAUUAUUUUAAUUUACUUUUAGUUGGGUUGUUUAUUCAGCUAAUAUAUAAUAAACUAGCUUUGAAGGCAAUGAGAUAUAGGUUUCGAUUUAAUAAUGACAAUUUUGAGAAAAUAAAAAAAGUCACUACAAGAGUUGACAUUUUAUUUUUUAGUUUAAUAGUAAUUGGUGUGGUUAGUUUUUAUAAAUACAAAGAAAUAAUAUAUGGGUUACCGUGGAACUAUAAAGAUUGUGUUGGAUGUCAAUUGGCAAACUGGAAUUUGGGUUGUGAGUUUUACAGAAACAAAUGAAUAUUCUGCGAACAAUCCAAAAACAAUCCAGUUAUCUAACUAGUUUGUUAACAAAUCAAAUAACGUCAAUAGAAACAACUGAAAACUGAAUGAGAUAUUAUUAUAAUAAAAUGUAUAUUUUUGUUGUUCAAUCAUUAUUUCAGUAGAAAAAAGUUAAAUGAUUGGCUCUUGUUUUUAGAAGGGAAACAAAACCUCUAGUACAACCAAAGACAAUUUUCGUUGAAAUAAGGCUUUGAAACCAAAG